AUGUCCUAUAUUGCCAUGCGGGAAAAUUCAUCUGAUUCAUCUUCACAAGAACAAUCACAAGACAAGGAAUCACAGUCUGAAGAAGUUCUAAGUGAGGAAGAAGAUGAUGUUAGCAAAGAAACACAAAAUGCUCAAUCUUUUCCUUCAGAUAGCUAUGGACAAGAGCAGCACAAUUUUCAUCAGGGAGUACCAAAUGUCCUUCCAAGCAAUCCAGAAACCCUAGGGCAAGUCCCACAACUCGAACUUGUUGGACACUCAAUUGCAUGUGCCCCAAAUCCAUAUUGUGAUCCAUACUAUAGUGGAAUGAUGGCAGCUUAUGGUCAGCCUAUGGUUCAUCCACAAUUUCUUGAUAUGCACCAAGCGAGGAUGCCUUUACCCCUAGAAAUGGCACAAGAGCCUGUUUAUGUGAAUGCCAAACAAUACCAUGCAAUAUUGAGGCGAAGACAAUCACGUGCAAAAGCAGAGCUAGAAAAGAAGCUGAUAAAGGACAGAAAGCCUUAUCUUCAUGAAUCGCGACAUCAGCAUGCAAUGAGAAGGGUGAGGGGUAGUGGUGGUCGUUUUGCAAAAAAGACAGAAAUUGACUCUUCAUCAAAGCAUGGAGGAGAUGAAGAUAAUAAUAAUAACACAACAGGUUCAGGUUCGGGUUCAGGCAUGUCAUCAUCCCAGUCUGUGAAUGUGAAUAUGAAUAUGAAUUCAACGGGAAUGAAGCGUGUGCGAUCUAAUGAAUCUGAUGAAAGUUUGGAGGCCCAUAAUGAAAAGAGAAGGGGCGAAUUGGUAAAUUCACUGAAUGCUCGCAGCACAUAUCAUUUGCAUUCUUCGGAUCGAGGUGAUGGGGGUUCUUUAGGCCAGCAGUGGAUAAGCAUAUCAUCUAACCAGGCUUCACAGAGGGCUGUUGCCAUGAAGUGAUGUCAGGAGAUCUAAGGCUUAUUUUGAAGCUGGCCGGCAAAUCAUUCUUGGCUUUUGUCUUAUGCACAAGGAAGAGGGCAAAAAGGUAAAUGUACCUUCCGCUUGCCUCUUCCAGUUCUUUUUUUUUUUUUUUUUUUCAUGAUCAACGUUGUGUACAAAGUAUGUUUCUGGGUUAGAAA